GCCGAGAGCUGCCGAAUCUCGCUGUGGCAUUCAGCUCUGACUGCAGCCGCCCGUGGCCAGACCUGCGGCGCAGCCCGAUGGAGCUUUCCUGCCAAACGCUGAGAAACACCUACCAGGCGAGGGAGGCGGAUGAGAUGCGAACAGAAGCCCGUCGAAAAAAUCUCCUCAUUCUAAUUUUGCAUUAUUUAAUGGAGGAAGGGUAUGUUGAUGCUGCAAAUGCUUUGGAACAAGAGACAAAAUUAAAUUUACACGGCUUUGAAGUUUGUGACAACAUUGAUCUUGAAACAAUUUUGCUGGAAUAUGAAACUUAUUACUUUAUAAAAUUUCAGAAGUACCCUAAAAUUACCAAAAAGGUCCUCGACACUGUAGAAAAGAAGCAACAACUGAGAAUGGGAGGAAGACCAAGAAGGGCAGCAAGUUCUUCUCAGAAUCUCCCAAGGAUCAAACAUCAUCAGACAGUGCAACAACUAUUGCCAAAAACUUCACCUGGGAGUGCAGAAGAAUUUAAAUCACCCACUAAAGAGAGCCCCAAUGUCUCAGUCCAGAAGUUGGGAAGGAGACUUGGUUCUUUUUCGAACAUUCCUAAUUAUGAAAAGGCUACUCCUGUGGAGCAAUCUGAUUUUGGCUUAAGCAUUUCAGCAGUCAACAAGUCUGGAGGUGACAGCACUCACCCAAGAAGGGGCCAAGUAAUUGAUUACUAUGGGAUGAUUCAGGAUGCUGUCAAAGUAUCAUCAAAUGGUAUAGCCUUGAGCAGCUUUAAUUGUGAUCCAGAUCCCUCAGAACGACUGUUGAAACCCCUUAGUGCUUUUAUUGACAUGACUGGUGAGAUGAAAGAACUUGCAAUGGUUAUAAGCAAAGACAUUUAUCUCCAUAAUCCAAAUGUGAAGUGGGAUGAUAUUAUUGGACUGGAUGCAGCUAAAAGACUGGUGAAAGAAGCAGUUGUUUAUCCUAUAAGGUACCCACAGUUGUUUACUGGUGUUCUGUCUCCUUGGAAGGGAUUAUUGCUGUAUGGACCACCAGGUACUGGAAAAACUUUGCUUGCUAAGGCUGUUGCCACAGAAUGCAAUACCACCUUUUUCAACAUUUCAGCAUCCACCAUUGUUAGCAAAUGGAGGGGUGAUUCAGAAAAACUUGUCCGGGUGUUAUUUGAGCUUGCCCGAUACCAUGCUCCUUCCACAAUUUUCUUGGAUGAGCUGGAGUCAGUUAUGAGUCAAAGAGGCACAGUUUCUGGUGGUGAACAUGAAGGAAGUCGGCGGAUGAAAACAGAAUUACUGGUGCAGAUGGAUGGCUUGGCCCGAUCUGAUGAUCUUGUAUUUGUUUUAGCAGCUUCCAAUCUGCCAUGGGAGUUAGAUUCUGCCAUGCUACGGCGGUUGGAGAAGAGGAUUUUGGUCAACCUCCCAAAUAAAGAAGCACGGCAGGUGAUGAUCCAGCACUGGCUCCCUCCUCUGAGCAGCUGUGGAGGAGUGGAGCUGAGAACAGAUCUGGACUAUAGCUUGCUGGGCCAGGAGACAGAUGGGUACUCCGGCUCCGACAUAAAACUCGUGUGCAAGGAAGCAGCCAUGAGGCCAGUGAGGAAAAUUUUCGAUGCUCUGGAAAAUCAUCAGCGAGGUGACAGUAACUUAGCCACAAUCCAAUUAGACACGAUCACAACAGCAGAUUUCCUGGAUGCAAUUGCACACACCAAGCCAUCAGCAAAGAACCUGUGCCAGAAGUACACAGCUUGGCAGAGAGAGUUUGAGUCAGCUUGAAAAGGCGGAAAAACCGAACAACUACAACCAGAGAUUGACAACUUUGAAGACUUUUGCUAUUCUGAAUGGCACUGCCCUGCUUCCAUAGGACCCAAUGGUGAUGAGGAAGGAAGUGCUGAAGUUUUCCAGGGAAGACAGUGCAGUGAGUGAUAUUAGGGAGAAAUCUUCUAUUUCAGUAUUUAAUAGAGGGGGACGAGUGUUUGGUUAUUUUUAAUUAGCACUUUUCAACCAUUCAAAAAACAUUCUUCAUGGAAAUAGGUAUUUUAAGACUCCAGCUUAAUUUUAUGUAUAAAGACUUGGAGACUG